AUGUUAGGCCAUGGAGGCCAUACUCUUCGACUGCGUACACAACAGUCUGCGUCACUUGAUGUACCGAAAUGCCAUUUUUAUGUGCGAACGCUUGUGCGCGGAGUUCCCUUCCGAGGCACACAAAUGGCUCAAUCACGCUACUUGUUUGCAAUAUCAUGUUUCCAAAUGGAUCUUCUUAAUGAAGCUGAAGCAGCAUUAUGUCCUUCCAAUGAGCCUGGUGCAGAGGUUCCAAAUGGCGCAGCUGGCCAUUACCUUCUGGGCCUUGUUUACAGGUACACUGAUAGAAGGAAAAGUGCCAUCCAUCAUUUUAAGCAGGCAUUGUCAAUAGAUCCAUUGUUGUGGACUGCAUAUGAGGAGCUGUGUAUAUUAGGUGCUGCCGAAGAAGCAACUUCUGUUUUUGGUGAAGAGGCUGCUCUUUGUAUUCAGAAGCAGUAUCCAUAUCAUGGGUUGGCUCAUCAAACCGCGCAGACUUGUUCUGAUGAUCAAAAUGUGGCUUCUAAUAGAAACUUUGGCUCAGAAGACAUUAGUCCAAGGGAUGUUAGACACAUUAAUGCCAAUAAUGUCAGAGAUAUCCCUGGUAAUUAUCAUGGAGCAGUUAUGUCUGGAGGAGCUGCCAGUCAACCUCUAAAUGGUGGUCCUUCUAACACAUCAUUCUAUAGUACUCCUUCACCAAUGGCUGCACAGUGUUGCCAGGUUGAAUCAUGCAGCAAACUAAGCUGA